CUGUUGUCUCUACCGACAUGGAACCCGCAGAGGACCUGUUUGAAGGCAUCGUCAUGAGCGAGGAAAGGUACCAUGGGGAGGGAUAUGAGGAAGGCUUUUCAGAAGGGAAACAUGUUGGAGAAUCGGAGGGUAAACGGUAUGGUGCCGUACAUGGGGCAAGAGCCGGAUCAGAGUUGGGCUGUUAUUUGGGAUUUGCCUCUACGUGGCGACACCUUCUUACGCCGGGUUCAGAUGAUAAGCAAAGGUUUAAGAUUAAAACACUGGACUCCCUUAUCAAAAUGAUUCAGAGUUUUCCCUGUGAUGACCCAUCAAGUGAGAAACUCCAGGAAGACAUGGCAAAGAUCCGUGGAAAGGUGAAACAGGUUUGCUCCAUGCUGAACAUACAGCCUGAUUUUACAAUGCAUUAUGAAGGCUCUGGACUAUCCUUUUGAUAUGGCAGCUGUCUUGCUGUGAAUGUCUUACUGUGCCACGUGGAAAGAAGGGCUAGUCAGGUGUGUUCUGGAGUGCUAUUAUUGGGCCGGGACCAGAAGAUGGGUCACUAUGAGAAGAAUUGCAAGUGAUGCUUUAAGGCAAGGUUGUUUAGACUUGUCCUCAAAUCCCACCAACAGUGCGUGCCUUCCAGGUAACCUCUAAAUGCACAGGGUGGAGUAUUUGGUAUCACACCAAU